AUGGCACCUUUCACACCGCCGUUCACCCCAAAGUUGUUUCGACAACACCUGGACUAUCUCAAAGGCAAACGAAACACCACUUCACCAACACCUCAACCAAUAAUGGCCAGCAACAGCAACGACCACAGAGACUCUCCUUCCGCGUACGACUCCCCGUCACCGCAACACGCAUCGCCUUCAGGCCGAAAGCGCAAAGCGGAGGCGACUGAUAUCGAAGACUCUGGCAGCAAGCGCCUUCACCUUGAGUCCGACGGAACAAAGAAAGCCGUUGACGGCCAAUUGGUGCCAGUUGUCUCUCGCCGCGAGACUGAUGCGCAACUUCUGCUCCAUCAAGACCACCAUGACUCGGUGAACACUGCCCGGGGUGACGAGAGCGAAGACGAGUUUGUCGACGCUGAAGAGGAUGUCUUCACCUCGCGCGACCCUACCACGCUCGAUUUAUCAGUAGGUGCUGGCAACUUCGAUGUGAGCAUGGAUGAUGCGAACGACGAUGAGCUCAGCGCCUGGCGCGCAGACCACACAGAGCCUCCGAGCACUUUUAUGUCGGACCAGGCUGACGCAGACUUGUUGAGCGCCAGCUUGUUUCCAGAGCUAGGGCCGAUGGGUGCUUACGCGUUGGAUGGAGAUGACAUCGGCCUCGCUGAACCAGAUUACGGACAGGAAGGCAUCGAUGACGGCAUAGAGGCCCGGGUCAAUGAGGAUGAUGUUCUUGAUCUUACGCAAUCUCGCCCUUUGGAGCGUCCUGAGAUGAACACUAGUGGUGUUGCGUUCCACGACCAGACAGCGUGUGCUCAAAAGUUCGAUGAGUUUGAUCAGGAACAGCAGGCAAACGAGCCGGAACUCACUCCAUUCAUCAAUGAAACUCAGAACCAGAUGUCUUAUCCUCCGGCAACGAAUGAGGGUGAUCAGGAAAUGGAUACAGAUGAACCAGACCUCGAUGCGUUCAUUGCUGAAGCAAAUGGAAAGCGACCAUAUGCUAAGCCCCUCGAGGAUGAGCCGAUGUCUGAAGCUGCCGUCGAAGACCUCGCAUCGGCAUCUCAACCGCAAGCACCUACUCACAUCGAAGAGGAGAACGGAGUCCACAAGCUCGUAGGUCAGGAUGGCCAGAUUGACGCCUUCAUUGUCAAGAUUGGAGCCACACCAGAGUGUGAUCCACAGCCACAUGCCCUGCCUGGAAGCGGCGAGUUGGCUCACGAGCAUCAAGAGCACCAGCAAGGCUACACUGCAGGCUCGGAAUUACUCAAUCUCAACUCUCUGAACGAUCAGCCGGAUCUUGAGAUCGUUGCUUGCAACGACUCUGCCCUCGCCCAGUCCUAUGAAGCACAAGGCUAUACAUAUCAGGACCCAUCCAAGCGCAUCGCCACGCCUCCUCCACCAACUCCGGCAGCACCAGCAGCCAGCACUUCCAACUCCCAGGGCCAGAUCCUCCUGCCUGACGGCUCUACCUACAACGUCUCCAAAACCAACGCGAGCACUGCCGUCCUCCGCACCGCCGAACUCGCCAGAAUCGCCGGCACCGACGGACCCGUCAUCCCACGAGACUUCUCCAAAUCCUUCGAAGCUUACCACGCCUUUCACGUGCGCGCCCUCGCCUGCCGCCCUGAAAUUCCAAUCCCCUUAGCAAGCCACCGCUACUGGAUCGCAAUCCUCUACCCAACUAAGAAACCGAGAAACGCCAAAUCCGACAAAGAUUUCAUGUGGAUGAAGGGAAACCGUUUCUCGACCGUGUGCACCAUCUGGCACAACUUCUCACUGCGUACAAUGGAAGAGGAUUUUGUGCUGACGUGUCGUGGGGAGGUGCUGGAUAUGAAGGAUCAGGUGCAGGAGUUGGAUUGGUUUGACAAUAAGUUUGUGGUGAUGAGGGCUGUGAAGACGGGAAUGCUGGAGAAGAUGACGAAUGGGAAGCCAAAGGGGUUGUUCGGUGAGAUUGGAGUGAUUCCCGAGAAGAAGAUUGAGGUUGUGGAGCUGGAGUGA